UGGUGGUAAAAAGGUAAACUUGUGCACAGUAACACAUCCGUGGGCCAUUGCAGACACAUUCACGCUGCAGCUCAUCUGGCAAGUUGCUGUGUUUCUGAAAUCAAGGAGGUCAAAAGGUGACUUACUUGAUUGUGUACAGCGACUACUGUCUUCAUGGGGACUGCUCAUCUGCUUCCACUGCUGAGCUUGUUAACUGGCAUGUCAAUGCUCCAGCAGGUGAGAAGCUGGAGCAUCACUGUGCCCACAACAGUUAGCGCUGUGGAGGGGAGCUGUGUUGUGGUGCCAUGUCAGACACAAUCUCAUUCCCGGGUCACCUGGUACCAGUACCAUAACAUACAUUAUCCUGUGGUGUAUGAUGGGCUCAACCCAACCAAAGUGGCAGACCAGUUCAGAGGACGCACCUCAGUACCGGGUAAAGCAGCAGAGGGCAACUGCACCCUGGUGAUUCAUAACGUGAAGAUAGCAGACAACCACCUUAACGUAUACGUUUGGAUCAACCCAGACGCUAAACAGACUCAGAAAUUCCAUCAUCAAACUGUAACUAUCCUUGUUGAGAGAAAAGCUCCCACAAUCUCCAUUCAGAAGAAAAACGUGGAUGGGGAAAUAUUCCAGGCCAACUGCAGCAUUAAGCACUCCUGCCCUCUCUCACCUCCAUCCCUUCAUUGGACCACAAGUUCAUUUUUAAAGAAUUCCAAUACGAUGGCCUUCAGUGAGAACGUUCAGGGCCAAUGGUCAUACACAAAGACACUUCAUGGACUGGCAACUUAUGAAAUGCAUAACACCAAAAUGUGGUGUUCUGCAAAGUUCAUGACCUUCAGCACAGAAAGUCAAAAAAUAACACUCAACAUUUUAUAUAAACCUGUGACUGUGACCCUGAUACUGGAAAAGAAACCGAUAGUGGAGGGUGGCAGCGUCACCAUGGAGUGUUCUGCUGACUGUAACCCUCAAUCACACAAAUACAUAUGGCUCAAAAGACAGAUGGGUCAGAACAACGAAAUAACGUCAACUAAGAGAAAAAGGCCCUUCAGCAACAUCACGAGAAAAAGCUCGUUCUCCUGCAUCGCUUACAAUGACAUAGGCGAGGGGAAGUCCAACUGGGUGGAUCUGGAUGUUCAACACGCCCCAGUAAUCCUGCCUGAGUCCUCCUGCCACCUGACAAGGAAAGCGCUGAAGUGUGUCUGCCAGGCUGAGGCCUCGCCUAAUGCCUCUAUAUACUGGAUCAUCGAUGGAAAUCACACUCUUCCAUCCUCAUUCAGCAUUCUUUCUGCAAAAUCAAACAAUGUAGUGUCUGGGGAAAUAAGUGGGCCAGCUCAAACCCAAUCUAACAUAUCUUGUACAGCCACAAACUCCCUGGGUAGCGACACCAAACAGCUGUCUAUAGUCUUUUCAAACACAUCCUCUUUGUAUAUGUGGCUGUUAGCUUCAAUGCUCCUAGGGAUUGGUUUGCUGUCUGGGUGUGCGAUGUUCAUUAUCAGAAAACAAUCUAGAAACAGGCCACAAAGUCCAUCAGACAAUGUCCCACAAGACUCACCAUACACCAGUCUUCAAAGAUCACAAGAUGAGGACGCACAAUCAAGACCAUGCAGUCGCGAGAGUAACCCUGAGGAGGACAGACUUUCCUGUGUUUAUGACAAUGAAUUUGUGGAAGAAAUGAGCAUAUCCAUGAGAGCUGAACAGGACCAGAGAUACGCAGCACCCCCCCAGAGAGAAAGCAAGAGUGUGGAUUGCAACGAAGGUGUCUAUCGAAACUGCUGAUCAGAGGGCAUCUGCUGCUGCUCUCACAUAGUAGGGUCCCUACUGACCCCACUUACCUGCAUUGCACAAAACAACUGAUUGGUGCCACAUUUAUGUGCUGCAUAGUUUCCUUUUAUA